AGAUGAAUAAUCUUUCAUUUAGUGAGCUAUGUUGCCUCUUCUGCUGUCCACCUUGUCCAGGGAAAAUUGCUUCAAAAUUAGCAUUUUUGCCACCUGAUCCAACUUACACACUAAUGUGUGAUGAAAGUGGAAGCCGCUGGACUUUACACCUAUCAGAACGAGCUGACUGGCAGUAUUCUUCUAGAGAAAAAGAUGCUAUGGAAUGUUUCAUGACUAGAACCAGUAAAGGCAACAGAAUUGCCUGCAUGUUUGUGCGUUGCUCACCCAAUGCCAAAUACACCUUACUCUUCUCCCAUGGAAAUGCUGUUGAUCUUGGUCAGAUGAGCAGCUUUUACAUAGGAUUGGGAUCACGGAUUAACUGUAACAUAUUCUCAUAUGAUUAUUCUGGAUAUGGUGCCAGUUCUGGGAAACCAUCGGAGAAGAACCUCUAUGCAGACAUAGAAGCUGCUUGGCUUGCUCUUAGGACAAGAUAUGGCAUUCGCCCUGAAAAUGUGAUUAUAUAUGGCCAAAGUAUAGGGACAGUACCAUCUGUGGAUCUUGCUGCUCGAUACGAGAGUGCUGCUGUUAUUCUUCAUUCUCCUUUGACCUCAGGAAUGCGAGUUGCUUUUCCUGAUACCAAGAAAACCUACUGUUUUGAUGCAUUCCCAAAUAUUGACAAAAUCUCUAAAAUAACCUCUCCAGUAUUAAUAAUUCAUGGGACUGAAGAUGAAGUCAUUGACUUUUCACAUGGCCUUGCAUUGUUUGAGCGUUGCCAAAGACCUGUGGAGCCUCUGUGGGUUGAAGGGGCAGGUCACAAUGAUGUGGAACUUUAUGGGCAAUACCUUGAAAGGUUGAAACAGUUUGUGUCACAGGAAUUGGUAAAUUUGUAAAAUCUGUAAAUUUGCAUACCGGGUUUUCUUUUGCUGAACUGCACUCUUUGGUAAAGAACAUAAAACCUGAAGGUUUUGUUUGCAAAUCAUGUCAGUUGCCUUCAUAAAUGUACAGGUAAUGAUUUGUUUACAGACUUAAUGAAGGUUUUAAUUACCAGAACUAUAACUGGAAAUAACAGUGUCAUGCAGUCGGGCUGUGUAAUUUAUAUUUUUUUCUGUGAAUUUUUUUUAACAUCAAGAUAUAAGUACUGUAUGAAAUUUUAAUUCUAUGAAAUCAAAUGCUGUAAAAGUAUUGCCAAAUGCUUUUGCAUAUGAGAAACAAAUUUAUAAAUAUUUUUAAAACAUCUCAAUGUACCAAAUCUUAUCCUGGUAUACAAAUGUAAUAUUCUUUCAAUAAAAAGCUGUAUAUCUGAAACAAUUCAAGUACUGAGAAAACACACAAAUUCACAAGAGAUGACCCAAACCCUGUUGAACAGGAAUAGAGGUGUAAACAGUUAUUCUAUUGUAAAGUACAUUGGAUUUUCUGUAUUCCCUGGUUAUCAUACAUUUUCUCCUCUAAAAAAUAAAAAAAAAAAUGAUUUAAGUCUUAAUUUUUAUGCCAUCUGUUAAUUUACCAACUAGUUACCUUGUAAAUGAGAAGUCACGAUAGCACUGAAUUUUAACUAGUUUUGAUUUAUAAGUUUGGUACUGUGAGGCAACUACUUAAAAUUUUUAUUUUAGUUAUUUAAAAGGCAUUUAGAGCUUCAAGAAUGACUUUUGUAUGCAACGUUGUUUUAAAUUUUGCAGUACUCUUCAUUAUAAGAAAACCUGAAAGUCCAUUGGAUGCUCUUCAAGACCACAGACUGGCUUUAGUCCCUUUUCACUUUGGCUAUUUUUAACAAUAGGACCUAUUGGUUUGGAUUAUUAUCUAAGAAUUUCAUGGAUUCACUCCUGAUGUAGGAGAUCAGAAAACAUUUAAUUCAUAACUUUUAUAUUAACCAAUGUAGUAAAAAAUAAAACAAACAAAAACUAAGUUGCCUUUCCUUGAAUGAAUCAUUCCUGAAUUUAAAAAAUGAAAGAAAAAGAAAAAAUAAAUUAAUGGUAUGUAGUCUCACUUGUAAAUGAAUGAUAUUGAAAUAAUACACACUGUGGAUAUUUUUAAGGCCUUACGUAGUUUUAAUUGUUCUGCUUGUUCUGCGGUUAUGUCUAAGACUAUAGUAUAUGAUUCUCUUCAAAGUAUAUCAAGUAUUGUGAAUGCUUUGGAUCAGAUGUGUCAAAUUAACAGUAAAACAAAUAUACCACUCA